AUGGAUUUAUAUGCCACGACACGCUCAGAAAAGUACUUUAGAGACCCUUUGGAGUUCAAACCAGAGCGCUGGCUAAGAGAAAGUAAAGAGGUUCACCCCUUUUCUCAUCUACAGUUUGGAUUUGGGCCUCGUAUGUGUGUUGGUAAGAAGAGAUAGUAGGGGCUUUAAGAUCCAACGACGCAACGGUAAUGAGAACGUCGCUUAAAAAGUGAAUUUGCGUUCUUUCAGUCUAUAUCGCAAUUAUUCCUACACACUCACUUUGUCAAAUGUAGGCGAACCCUCCUGGAGUUGAAUUCCUAGGCACCAUAUCCAAGUACAGUAAGAGAAAUAAAAUUUCGUCGUUGCUUGUUUACGUCCUCGGUAAAACGCGAAAUUAGGCAUGUUCACGUCGUAGUCGUGCAAAAACGGGUAGAGAAAUUUACAAAAGAGCAUGGUGCACGUGCAAAGUUGUUGUUUUACCUAAUAAAACCUAUUGUUGUUGUUUUUUUUAUGUUCUCGUUACCGUCCGCGUCGUUGGAUCUUAAAGUCCCUAAUAUUCGAUACAUUUUCUAAAAUGUUCCAUAUGUUCUAGUUGUAAGUGAGAGACUAACAUAAUUAUCUUAAGUUCUGAAAAGAGAGCUGAUAUGAAUCUUUAAUCGGUGACAAAUUUAGUAAAGACGCUUCGUCCUAAAGGGCCUUUCUGACCUUUUGCCGACUUCAAAACUGCGGCAAAUGUAGCUUUCCCCUCCCCCCUUAAGUAAUGUUGUGCUGCCGCUGUUUGCGUUGUAAGCAAUAAACACCCAAACUUUGAAUGGGGGAAGGGGGAAGCGGAAGGGGGUGCGGAUUGUUUUGAUCUUCGAAGUACCUUAGGGCCUGUUUACAAGACCCCAGGUAGGUGAGGUAACAUGAGGCGGGUCACCCCACGUAUCAUGUAAACGCGAUCAAAUUAAAAUGAGAGAUUAUAUGGACAGGCGGGUUACCUCACCUACCUGGGGUCCCCCACCUCCAUGUAAACAGGCCCUUAUUUAAGGACAGUGUCUCAACAAUUUUGUCGCCGGUUGUAGGCUUGACUGAUCACUGACUCUUGUUCUAUUACGGUACUAAUACUACUACUACUACUAAUAAUAAUGGAAUUUAUAUAGCGCUUAUACAUCGCUGUUCUAAGCGCUUUACAAUGUAAAAAAGGACAUAAGAAUAUCAUUAAGCACAAGCUUACAUAUAACCCUACUCACGUGUACUCACACGGAAAUAUCAUUAAAUCACCAGCAGGAAUUUUUUUUCUAAGUCACUUUUUCAACUUAGGAGCUUUAAAUUACAAUUACACAAACACCAGUAAAAGAGUUACAAAUAUACGUUACAACUACGAUUAAUACACUCACGAAAAUAAUAUGAGAUCAUUUUGGUUUUUACAGCUCUUUUUCUAUAUGACAAAGAUGAGUAAAAACCAGUCUUGGAAAACUAUCUAUCUGCCCAUUGUGUUUGCUGCGGCGUUUGCUAGGCAAAAAUCGUUUCUUCGUGUCAUCGUAACUAAUCCCUGCCUUGUGGUUUCCUUUCUAGUUAACAGUGUGAUUGUGUUGUUGUUGUUGUUGUUUUUUUUUUUUUACUCUGGGUUGCUUUCGCCCAUGCAGUAAGCCGUGACUUCACUAUUAAAGCGUGGCUCACAUUUCCCUUAGGUCGUCGCGUGGCUGAGUUGGAGAUGUACGUCCUAAUGUGUAAGGUUAGUACUUUUUGAUUUGCAUUUUUUCAAGCCGUUUGCUUAGUUUUUUUUAAAUAUUUACUUAUCCUAUCUCCGACAUCUCGACUUAGCGCGACGCGGGGAAAAUAGAUCAGGUGACUAGUUAUUUAAAAGUUAGAAGUUCGUUACGCAACUUAUACAUUUGCAAAGUGUCACCACCGGUCACACGUCGAAGAUUAUUAGCCGCAUAUGGAAUACAAAUUGUAAGUCUAUUUGCCCGUCAUCGCUUCCACCGAAAUUGACUUGUGUAGUAACCUUUUUUGCAAUAUUAAUUGAAUUUUCAGUUGACUUCUACUACUACAAGUGGAAAAUAAAUUACUCGACAAUCAGUUAGUGGUGAAAUCUUCAACUUAAAGUAGCCCUUCAAUCACAGGAACGAAACCCUUUUUAAGUGUUAACAAUCACCUCCUACCGCAAACAGGGAGACCGUUCUGUAAAGUUUUGUUAACGUCAAAUACACAUAUAAACAAAAAAUGUAUAAGAUGUAAUCAACAACAGCUUAAAACAACAAAUCUUCCUUCUUCUCCUCCCCCUCCUUCUUCGUCCCGUCCUUUUUGGCUUUUCUUACUGUUUAUUUCUCUUUUUUGCAGUUACUACAGAGAUUUCGCUUCGAGUAUCACCAUGAGCCAGUAGAAUUGCGUCAAAAGUUUUUCUCCGUCCCAGACAAACCGGUUAAGAUUAAGUUUGUCGACCGUUGUUGA